AUGCAGCCCAACGCAUGGGCAUUCAUCGACGACAUCCUCGGCUGCCUCCAGCGACACUUGACGUUGGCUCGCCUCACCUCGGGAUUCCGAGGAGUCCUCGCUGCGUAUUGGCGUCUCAAGGCUGGCCUGUGUCAGCUUGCCUCCGACUUCGCCCCUGUCGACUACGUUCGGCGUUUGGGCUCCACCACAGUGCUGCAGCGGUGGCACCAAAUUCAGUUGUGUGCUGGAGCGAUGUCGCCCUCCUUCUCCGCCGUGUUUGCCCCAAAGUUCCUCAAUCCAGUGGACCGUGCUCGACGCUGUGUACAUGCCGCGGUAUCGCUGCCUUUGGCAUCUCUCGCCCACGUCGAGUGCCUCCAACGAGCGAAUUGGCACCAAGUUGACGCAAUCUGUGGUACUGUCGGGUGGCCACGGUAUGCCCGUCGACGCUGUCAUUCGUCACCGUGGUCAAACACCGUCGCACCCUCGCGCCUCACUGCCACGUGUCCAUCGUGCUCCAUGUGCAGGAUCAGUCCAAGCCGCCAUCUCUCGACCAUCGUAUGCGCCUCCGAGCGACGCUUCAAGGUCAGCCUUGUCCUGACGUCGAUACCGGCGUGUUCUACUAGACCCUACAAGCGGACUCUGCGGUAUACGCUUGUUGUGGCGGGCCGCCGUGCGCUGUCACUCGAUCGAGACUUUGUCUACUUGUCAUCGUAG